ACAGGUACAAGUUAGACGUACAAAUGUUUCAUAUUUAGAAGACUAGAACCUACAACAAAGGAAGCGAGCAGCUUGGAGGCAGCUUCCACCCGUACUUUUGUCGUGUACAUACUCCGAUUUUGUCUCAGGAGAUGCAUCACUUCCACCACUUGGUGGAGGAUUCUCUCUCCUACAAUUUUGCCAGCCAUUACCAGCAAGAUACAUCAUCCAUUGACGCUUUGACCUCUCAGCCCUUUCCCAGCGUGUCCU